UCAGAUAAGAGUGUUUUCCAACAUUCACAGAAACCAGCCCUUGGUGUGUUUGUUUCUUCUCACCUGUGCUCCUGAAAUAUAUAUGACAUUUAACCAGAAAUCACUUUGAGUGUCAGCAGGCUAUCAGAGGUAAUGUAAUAAGAUACACGUUAGUGAACUUGAUAGUGCUGGUCGAGCUCAGCGGGGUCACCUCCGGGCCUUUGUCUCAGUUCAACACAGCAUGUUUAAAUUAUAAAUGUUGUAAGAAAGUGUUUGCAGCAGUUUUGAUUUCUGUUUACCUUCUAAAAUCACCGUUGUGCAUCUACCAUACCUCCUGUAUUUGUUGUUCUUUUCACUAAAAAAUAGAGCACUUUCUUCUUCUUUUUUCUAUGAAGAAGAAAGACAUGCCUUUUUGUCUCAGCUGGAGUCCGGAGCCCUGUUGUGACUGACAGAUGAGGGGUGGUGACAUGUCCUUUAUUUACUACAAGUGAAGUAAACCUGUUCUUCAAGUCCCUGUUGAUCUAUAACCCUGGUUGCUCAUCAACAGUGUCCAGAUUACUCUGUGGACUCGGCAGUCAGAGAGGAGCACUUCUUCUUCCUAACAGAGCACUUUCUGCCUCAAACAAACUACAGCUAUAACAGCAGCCUCCCUUCCAACAGGAACCAGCCAUGGCGCGCCCUCGUGCUUCCUCUCAGCCUGGAAAACUUUCCUUUUUCCAGAGUCCCAAGGUAGCUUCGGCCCUUCGACCUCGGGCUGUUUCCUCGCGCUCGGGCUCCGUGCUUGAAGAGGAGCUGUCUUGUCCCGUCUGCUGCGAGAUCUUCAGGGACCCCGUGGUGCUCAAGUGCAGCCACAGCUUCUGCCGAGCCUGUCUGCAGCAGUUCUGGAACAAGAAGAAGGCCAGACGCGAGUGUCCCAUCUGCAGGAGGAAGUGCUCCCUGACGGAGCCCACGGUCAGCCUGGCGCUGAAGAACGUGGCCGACACCUUCCUGAGGGAGCAGGAUCGCAGGACGGCCUCGUCCGGAGCAGGGGACGGGGCCGACGGGACGGGGGAGCAUGAAGCGGUGGUGGAGGAGAAGUGCAUCACACACGGGGAAGUUCUCAAGCUCUUCUGUCUGGAUGACUUUGAAGCCCUCUGCUGUGUUUGUCACACCUCCAAGAAGCACCAGGGACACCGAGUGUGUCCCCUGGACGAGGGAGCGCAGGACCUCAAGGCAGAGCUGAGGAAAGAUCUGGUUCCUCUGAAGAAAAACCUGCGUUGCCUGUAUGAAGCCAAGCAGGAGUGUGAUGACACAACUGUGCACAUGAAGAGUCAGACUCAGGCCACAGAGAAGCAGAUCAAAGAGGAGUUUGAGCAGCUGCGGGAGUUUCUGCAGAAGGACGAGACCGCUCGACUGGCUGCCCUGCAGCUGGAGGACGAGGAGAAGAAAGAGCUGGUGAAGAAAAAGUCGGAGAGCAUCACAAGAGGCAUCCUCACCUUCUCUCACGCCGUCAUUGCUAUCGAGAAUGAGAUUGCUUCCAGUGAUGCUCUCUUCCUUAAGAAUUAUGCCAACAUAAAGAAAAGAGCUCAGAUCCCUCAGAACGAUCCAGGAAAAGUUUCAGGUCCUCUUAUAAAUGUAGCCAAGCAUGUCAGUUCACUCAAGUACCAUGUGUGGGAGAAGAUGGCGGAGCUGGUUCAGUACACACCCAUCACCCUGGACCCCAACACCGCCUACCCCUGCUUGUCCCUCUCCCCAGACUUGUCCUGCGUCACCAACAGUGGAUGCCUCCAGAAGCUCCCGGACAACCCUGAACGUUUCGGCCACUUUGUGUUCCUGCUGGGCUCAGAGGGCUUCACUUCGGGCCGCCACGCCUGGGAGGUGGAGGUGGGCGACAAGGCGGACUGGAUGCUCGGGGUGGUCAAGAAGUCCGUCGACAGGAAAGGUCGCAUCUCGGGCUGUCCAGAGGGCGGCUUCUGGAUGAUCUCGCACUACGAGGGCGAGUACGCAGCCAUGACAAGGCCCAGCACCCCGCUGCAUCUGCAAGGAGUGCUGACCCGAGUCAGGGUGCAGCUUGACUACGACUCCGGCGAGGUGACCUUCUCUAACCCCGUCAGCAUGACGCCCAUCCACACCUUCACCGACUUCUUCACUGAGAAGAUGUACCCCUUCUUCUGCCCUGGAGCCAACAUCAAUGGGAAUAACCCCAACCCACUUAAGAUUUGCACCGCCAAGGUGGCAGUGUGGAACAGCGCCACAUGGUGAAAACGUACAGACAGAAGUGUAUUUCAAAUGGAAGAAAUUACCCAAGUGUGUAUUAACUCGUUUAAAUGCAUGUUUACAAUGAGCAUGAUACAAGCACAGUUAUUGG